GCGUUAUAUAGCUCAGGGACGGUCUCAGUGGUGGAGCAGACGGAGCGAGCUGUGGUUCCUCUCCGGUUCCUCUCCGGUUUCUCUGGGUUCUUUCCGUCCUGAUGGCUGAGGACAUUCUGCUGUACUGGGGCUCCGGGUCUCCUCCCUGCUGGAGGGUGAUGAUCGCCCUGGAGGAGAAGAACCUGCACGGGUACAAGAGCAAACUGCUCUCCUUCGACAAGAAGGAGCACAAGGGUCCGGAGGUGCUGGCGCUGAACCCCCGGGGGCAGCUCCCCACAUUGAAACAUGGAGACAUUGUGGUGAAUGAAUCCAUUGCUGCCUGCAUGUACCUGGAGCUGGAUAAAGGAUCGUAUUUGGCUGGGAAGAGUUUCUCGAUGGCUGAUGCCGUGUGUUUCCCCUACGUUGCCUUCCUUGUCCGGUUUGGGCUGAAUACAGAGCGCUACCCCAGGCUGGUGGAGUAUUACGAGCUGGUGAAGGAGCGUCCCAGCGUUAAAGCCUCAUGGCCUCCACACUGGCUGGAGAACCCUCAGAACCAGGACACCAUCAAGGACCUGUGAGGAACCUGUGAGGAACCCAACACUCACAGAGCAGGAGUCACCGGUUAUCCUACCAUCCAAUGAGGAAAUGUUAACGCUCACUAAUACAGAUUUUUGGGCUUUUUUGCAUAUAUUUGGUAAUAAUAACUACACGCGAAAUAAGAAUGAAUGUGAAUUAAUGCCAUUUCCAGCUAAGUUCUCACCAUCAGACGCCAUCAGAUGAGCUUUAGAUGAGGAAACCGACUUUCUUCUCAUGUUUAAUGUUCACCGAUAUACACUGAAAAAAAAACUGUACAGUUAUUAAACUUAAACUAAAACCUGGUUAACAUGAAAUGUUGAGCUUAAACAUCAAAUAAUAAGUUAAUAAAUUUUUAACAAUUGUUACUCUGUUAAUAUCACACAUUUAAUGCGCUCUAAAUGUGUAGUUAGCCUGUUUACCUGUUGUUGUUGUUUUUUAUUUAAAAGCUGCAUCAUUUUUUUUUACAGUGUAGUUUUUCAAAAUAAUAACUACAUCAUGUUUUCGCUUAUUAGACAGCAUGAUAUCUAAUCUAAUGAGCCUCAUAUGAGAACUUUAAUCUUCCGUUACAUUUUAUAUCUUCACUAAAGCACCUUUUCUGGCCUUCUUUGAAUUUUUACUGCUAUAAACUGCACUAUAAACCAGAUUAGGCUUUAAAGCAGUGCUAAUCUGUUCCCGACCAUGUGCACUUAAACCCGAGACCCGCUGCCUUUAAUCUGAGACUAAUGUGACCUGGUAUGUGUGAGUAAAUGUUCUGUGAUGUCUGUAGUGAUUGUAUCUGCUCUGGUUCCUGUCGAGUGUCACUGUGAGCAUGUUAAUAAAAGUUAACCCUGUAGA